ACAAAAACAGAAAAAAAAAAAAAAAAAUUCCAGCUAAAGAGCAAAUCAUAAAAUAAAAAAAAUGAGAAAUGCAGUGUAUAAUUGUGAUGGCUGUUAAACGGGAAAUAGGAUGCUAUUCAAAGAGAGCAAUAGAGUUUUGUUUUGUUUUUUGAAUGAGUAGUCGUGAAAGGUCUCUCUGAAGAUGAUACGGUUAACCUAAGGCUCCAAGGAGGAAGAGACUCAUCUCAGGAGAGUGAGGAGAAGAGCAUUCCAGACCUUGAGGGAAUAGGAUGUGCAGAGGCCCUGAGGCAGAAAGCACUGGGAUCCUGGAGUAAUUGAAGGCAGGGAUGCAGUGAGCUAGAAGGAAGCCUGGUACCAGGGGCAGCCAGGUGUGAGAAUGCAUGAAUACUGUAAGGAGUUUAGAUUUUAUUUCAAAGGAAAGAAGCCACUAAGUAUUGUAAAGCAAGGGAGUGAGAGGAUCUGAUUUAUCUUUUUAAAGGGGUUUAAGCAGAUACUCCACCCAGUAGACUCUGAGAGCAAUUCAGAUAAGGAAUUGGUUGUGACUUAGGUGGGUGCAGAGGAGACAAACAAGAUGUUUUGGAGGUAAAAGCAGUCGCAGGAAGGGGACCCCUUCCAGAGUCUUGAGAGUAGACUCUUGUCUAACACAGAAAAGAAUUGCCCAAGGAGACAUAAAGAAAUGCUUGGGAAGCAAGUGUUAGCUGGGCCAUUCAGAGACAGAGGGAUACAAAGUCGACUCACCGCACCCACUCCUAUUCUUUGCAAAUGUCUCUGAGAUAGAUUCUUUAGGUAGUUAGGUCAGAGUUUUUUCCUGAAUCUCUUGGGCCUUGAUUGUUCUCAACUCAAAAUAAUCUGCAUGCCAGAGACCUUUUGGGGUGGGAGAUUUUGUUCUCCUACCGAAGUGUCCCACGGGAAAAAGGAAUUAAAGCCUUGGCAAUAGACAUGGCCUGGAGAGAUUGUGAAGAGAGAAAACAGGGUCUAGAAAGUAGCCCUGAGAAACUUCAAAUUUUAGACCUGGGGAGAGGAGAAAAAUAGGGCAGGGCAACGGCAUGGAAGCAGGUGACAGGUUCUUCCCGUCUGUAUGAUAUGAGUUUGCGAUUAAAAUUCAGCCUUGUUCCAGACUCGGGGAAAUCUGGAGUGGGAGGAGUCACGUUGAGGAAGAAAGUGAUGAGUUUUAUUUUCAACAGAGAAUUGUGGACUCAGACAGAAUUAAUUGCACAUACCCCCCCCCUCCCCCCAUCAGAUUACAGCCUGUUGAAAACCAGACUGCUUAACUUUAAGUUACUGAUGCAAAUGAUCUUUAAGUCAGAAACUUCCUGAUUUUCAGUCUGGCAAUGGCAUUUAGAAACUUAGGUUAGAAGGCCCCCUGUUUGUUGGUUAAAUGACUUCCAAGUGAGCUUGGCUAAGUGCCACAAUUCCGCAGUGCAAAAAAUCUGCACACAGGAGUGUGAUUCCACAGUCUUCCCCUCAGGCUCUGAUGGACGAGAUUCUCAUGCUCCAAGAAGAGAUCAGCGAGCUGCAGUCGGCCCUCGCAGACGAGCUGGUGUCCGGGUCCCCGGAGUCCGAGCCGGCAGAGCAGCUGGCCCUGCAGUCCACGCUCACCGUCUUAGCGGAGCGAAUGUCCACCAUCAAGAUGAAGGCAUCUGGGAAGAGGCAGCUUCUGGAGGAGAAACUCAACGAUCAGCUGGAGGAACAGAGACAGGAGCAAGCCCUGCACAGGUAUCGCUGUGAAGCUGAUCAGCUGGACCACUGGCUCUUGAGCACAAAGGCCACUCUGGACGUUGCCCUGGGGUCACCCAAGGAGCCCAUGGACAUGGAGGCCCAGUUAGUGGACUGCCAGAAUAUGCUGGUGGAAAUUGAGCAGAAGGUGGUGGCCUUAUCAGAGCUCUCGGUCCACAAUGAAAACCUGCGGCUGGAGGGCAAGGCGCACACCAAGGACGAGGCUGAGCAGCUGGCAGUGAAGCUGAGGACCCUCAAGGGGAGCCUCCUGGAGCUGCAGAGGGCGCUGCAGGACAGGCAGCUCCACAUCCAGCAGGGGACAGCCCAGGAGAAGGAGGACAGCGAUGCUGACCUGGCUGCCACUCAGAGCCCCGGGGUUCAGGAAUGGCUAGCUCAAGCUCGGAGCGCGUGGACCCACCAGCGACAGAGCAGCCUCCAGCAACAAAAAGAGUUGGAACAGGAAUUGGCAGAGCAGAAGAGCCUCCUCCAGUCAGUAGCCAGCCUUGGAGAGGAAAUUCUAACACAGCACUCAGCUGCAGAGACCUCUGGUGGUGUUGGCGAAAAACCUGAUGUGUUAUCCCAGGAGUUGGGGAUGGAAGGGGAGAAAUCACCUGCUGAAGACCAGAUGAGAAUGAAAUGGGAAAGCCUACAUCAGGAAUUUAGCACCAAGCAGAAACUACUUCAGAAUGUUCUGGAGCAGGAACAAGAGCAAGUGCUGUACAGCAGGCCAAAUCGGCUCCUCUCUGGCGUGCCACUGUACAAAGGGGACGGGCAGGCCCAGGAUAAGUCUGCGGUGACGUCUUUGCUGGAUGGAUUGAACCAGGUCUUCGAGGAGGUUUCAUCCCAGGGUGGAGGGACGAAGAAGCAGAACAUUGACUUGGAACAGAAGUUGUAUGAUGGGGUCUCGGCCACCUCUACCUGGCUGGAUGAUGUAGAGGAACGGUUAUUUGUUGCCACAGCCCUUUUACCAGAAGAGACGGAAACUUGCAUCUUCAACCAAGAGACUCUUGCCAAAGAUAUUAAGGAAAUGUCUGAAGAAAUGGAUAAGAACAAGAACUUGUUUUCCCAAGCCUUUCCGGAGAACGGUGAUAACCGAGAUGUUAUUGAAGACACUUUGGGUUGUCUCUUGGGCAGGUUAUCUUUGCUAGACUCAGUAGUAAAUCAGCGAUGUCAUCAGAUGAAGGAAAGACUUCAACAGAUAUUAAAUUUCCAGAAUGAUCUGAAAGUGCUAGUUACAUCACUGGCUGACCACAAAUACAUCAUUCUGCAGAAGCUGGCGAAAAUGUUUGAACAACCUGUGGCAGAGCAAAUAGAGGCAAUACAGCAGGCUGAAGAUGGGCUAAAGGAAUUAGAUGCGGGAAUCAUUGAGUUAAAAAGGCGUGCUGACAAGUUGCAGAUUGAGCAGCCUUCCAUGCAAGAACUCUCCAAACUCCAGGACAUGUAUGAGGAACUCAUGAUGACCAUUGGCUCCCGGCGGAGUGGGCUGAAUCAGAAUCUUGCCCUCAAGAGUCAGUACGAAAGAGCCUUACAGGAUCUGGCCGACCUACUGGAAACCGGACAAGAGAAGACGGCAGGAGACCAGAAAAUUAUCGUGUCUUCCAAAGAGGAAAUCCAACAACUACUUGACAAACAUAAGGAAUACUUUCAGGGUCUGGAGUCUCACAUGAUCUUGACCGAAACCCUCUUCAGGAAGAUCAUCAGCUUUGCAGUCCCACGGGAAACUCAGUUCCACGCAGACCUGAUGGCGCAGGCUUCGGCCGUGCUCAAAGGGGCCCACAAGAGGGGUGUGGAGCUGGAGUACAUCCUCGAGACAUGGUCCCAACUGGAUAAGGAGCACUGGGAGCUUAGCCGGCAGCUGGAGGUGGUGGAGAGCAGCACCCCAAGCGUGGGUUUGGUGGAGGAGAGCGAAGACAGGCUCAUCGACCGGAUCACACUCUACCAGCAUUUGAAAUCCAGCCUUAAUGAAUACCAGCCCAAAUUAUAUCAGGUAAUAGAUGAUGGAAAACGACUUCUGAUAUCUGUUAGCUGCUCAGAUCUGGAAAGCCAGCUAAAUCAACUUGGAGAACACUGGUUAAAUGAUACCAACAAAGUAUCUAAGGAACUUCACAGAUUGGAAACAAUAUUGAAACACUGGACCAGAUAUCAAAGCGAAUCUGCAGAUCUAAUCCACUGGUUACAGUCUGCAAAAGACAGGCUAGAAUUUUGGGCUCAACAAUCUGUAACAGUCCCACAGGAACUGGAAAUGGUCCGUGAUCACCUAAAUGCUUUUCUGGAGUUUUCCAAAGAGGUGGAUGCCAAGUCCACGCUGAAAUCAUCUGUUCUGAGCACUGGAAAUCAGCUUCUUCGAUUAAAGAAAGUGGACACAGCUGCCUUGCGUUCUGAGCUGUCCCACAUUGAUGGUCAGUGGAAUGACUUGCUGACAAAUAUUCCAGCCAUACAGGAAAAGCUUCACCAGCUCCAGAUGGAUAAACUGCCUUCUCGCCAUGCCAUUUCUGAAGUCAUGACUUGGAUCUCUCUUAUGGAAAGUGUUAUUCAAAAGGAUGAAGAGAAUAUUAAAAAUUCCAUCGGUUACAAGACAAUUCAUGAGUACCUUCAGAAAUACAAGAUUCAGUUGUUGGAAGGCUUAUUGGAAUCUUGGUCAGAAUAUGAAAAUAACGUACAAUGUCUGAAAACGUGGUUUGAAACCCAGGAAAAGAGACUGAAACAACAACAUCGCAUUGGAGACCAGGCUUCUGUUCAGAACGCGAUGAAAGACUGUCAGGAUCUGGAAGACUUGAUUAAAGGAAAAGAGAAAGAGGUAGAGAAAAUUGAGCAGAAUGGACUUGCUUUGGUUCAGAACAAGAAAGAAGAAGUCUCUGGCAUUGUCAGGAGCACGCUUCAGGAGCUCAACCAAACUUGGGCAAAUUUAGACCACAUGGUUGGCCAACUCAAGAUCCUGUUGAAAUCCGUGCUUGACCAGUGGAGCCACCAUAAAGUGGCAUUUGAUGAGAUAAACAGUUGCCUCAUGGAAGCCCGAUACUCUCUUUCUCGAUUCUGUCUGCUCACUGGCUCUUUAGAAGCUGUGCAAGUUCAGGUGGACAAUCUUCAGAAUCUUCAAGAUGAUCUAGAAAAACAGGAAAAGAGCUUGCAGAAAUUUGGCUCUGUGACCAAUCAACUUUUAAAAGAAUGUCACCCACCUGUGACAGAAACUCUUACUAAUACACUAAAAGAAGUCAACAUGAGAUGGAAUAACUUGCUGGAAGAGAUUGCCGAGCAGCUGCGUGCCAGCAAGGCCCUACUUCAGCUUUGGCAGCGAUACAAGGACUUCUCGAAACAGUGUGCCGCUGCAGUUCAACAGCAGGAGGGACGAACCAGCGAGUUCUUGAAGGCAGCCACCGACAAGGACAUCGGUGAUGACGAAGUCGCCACCUGGAUCCAAGAUUGCAAUGACCUCCUCAAAGGACUGGGGCCGAUUCAGGAUUCUCUUGUAGUUCUUCAUGAGCUGGGAGGGCAACUCAAGCAACAAGUGGAUGCUUCGGCAGCAUCAGCCAUUCAGUCCGAUUGGCUCUCUUUGAGGCAACAAUUACAUGCCCUAGAACAGGCUCUCUGCAAACAGCAGACUGUGUUACAGGCUGGCGUUCUUGACUAUGAAACCUUUACCAAGAGUUUAGAAGGUUUGGAGACCUGGAUAGUAGAAGCUGAAGAAAUACUACAAGGGCAGGACCCUAGCCACUCAUCUGACCUCUCGACCAUCCAGGAAAGGAUGGAGGAGCUGAAGGGACAGAUGCUGAAAUUCAGCAGCAUGGUCCCAGAUUUAGACCGUCUGAAUGAGCUUGGAUACAGGCUGCCCCUAAACGAUAAAGAAAUCAAAAGGAUGCAGAAUCUGAAUCGUCACUGGUCUCUGAUCUCCUCCCAGACUACAGAAAGAUUCAGUAAGUUACAGUCAUUUUUGCUACAACAUCAGACUUUCUUGGAAAAAUGUGAAACAUGGAUGGAAUUCCUAGUUCAAACGGAACAGAAGUUAGCAGUAGAGAUUUCAGGCAAUUAUCAGCAUCUUCUGGAGCAGCAGAGAGCACAUGAGUUGUUUCAAGCAGAGAUGUUCAGCCGUCAGCAGAUUUUGCACUCGAUCAUUUUUGAUGGACAGCAUCUUCUAGAGCAAGGUCAAGUUGAUGACAGGGAUGAGUUCAACCUGAAAUUGACCCUUCUCAGUAAUCAGUGGCAGGGGGUGAUCCGCCGGGCCCAGCAGAGGCGAGGCAUCAUCGACAGCCAGAUCCGCCAGUGGCAGCGCUACAGGGAGAUGGCAGAAAAGCUCCGUAAGUGGCUGGCGGAAGUUUCCUGUCUGCCCGUGAGUGGUCUGGGGAGUGUCCCGACACCACUGCAGCAAGCAAGAGCCCUCUUUGAUCAAGUGCAGUUCAAAGAAAAAGUGUUCCUGCGGCAACAAGGCAGCUACAUCCUCACCGUGGAGGCUGGCAAGCAGCUUCUGCUUUCAGCCGACAGCGAGGCCGAGGCCGCCCUGCAGGCCGAACUCGCUGAGAUCCAAGAGAAAUGGAAGUCAGCAAGUGUGUGUCUGGAAGAGCAGAAGAAAAACCUGGCCGGCUUGCUGCAGGACUGGGAAAAAUGUGAGAACGGAAUAGCUGAUUCUCUGGAGAAACUACGAACUUUCAAAAAGAGGCUUUCCCAGCCUCUCCCAGAUCAUCACGAAGAGCUCCACGCGGAGCAGAUGUGCUGCAAGGAAUUAGAAAACGCAGUUGGGAGCUGGACAGAUGACUUGGCACAGCUGACAGUGCUGAAGAAGGCUCUCUGUGCUUACAUCAGUGAAGAUGAUAUCUCCAUCCUUAACGAACGCAUGGAGCUUCUGCAGAGGCAGUGGGAAGAACUAUGCCACCAGCUCUCCUUAAGGCGACAGCAAGUAAGUGAGAGAUUGAAUGAGUGGGCCGUCUUCAGUGAAAAGAACAAGGAGCUUUGCGAAUGGCUGACUCAGAUGGAAAGCAAGGUUUCUCAGAAUGGAGACAUUCUCAUUGAAGAAAUGAUUGAGAAGCUCAGGAAGGAUUAUCAAGAGGAAAUUGCAAUUGCCCAAGAGAACAAAAUACAGCUCCAGCAAAUGGGAGAACGACUGGCUCAAGCCAGUCAUGAAAGCAAAGCAUCUGAGAUUGAGUACAAGCUUGGCAAGAUCAAUGACCGGUGGCAGCACCUUCUGGACCUCAUGGCAGCCAGGUAAAAAGGACCCCCAUCAGCAGGACACAUGUGCAG